GAGCCACAGCGUAUCAUUUUUCCCGCCGACUGUAUAGUGUUCCGACCGCAGUGAAUAUUUUCUCCCGCCAAGUUGGUUCAGCGGAAGUCACACGGAGGGCUGGUGUGAACGGGGAGGGUCCUCUAGCAGUCAAUGCCGUCGUUCCCGCACUACGACCCAACAGUCACUCUCUCUCUCUCUCUCUCUCAGUCUCUCUCUCCUAUGGACUCUGGAAGGAUGCACAUGCCACAUAUCUAUCGCUAUAAAUUCUUCUGCUGCCUCCAAUUACCACAUUCUGGAGAAGCAGAAGAUUCGCCGGUGGAUUCUGGAAUAUCCAACUGAGAGAUUCGCAACAGCGGAAGAAAAAGACGAAGAGGCGCAUGGAGGGAGAAGGAACGGAAGCUGAAGUUACCGGACCUAUUCGUUAUAUUCUUCUCAUCUCCGCCGGCGCUAGUCACUCCGUCGCUCUUCUCUCUGGAAAUGUUGUUUGCUCAUGGGGACGAGGAGAGGAUGGGCAAUUAGGGCAUGGAGACGCAGAAGAUCGGCUCUCUCCCACACAAUUGAGUGCAUUGGAUGAACAGGAAAUAGUAUCAAUCACAUGUGGAGCUGAUCAUACAAUUGCAUAUUCUGAUUCACACUUGCAAGUGUUUAGUUGGGGAUGGGGUGAUUUUGGGAGGUUGGGCCAUGGCAAUUCAAGUGAUUUGUUUACACCACAACCAGUUAAAGCAUUAUAUGGCUUGAGGAUAAAGCAAAUUGCUUGUGGGGACAGCCACUGUUUGGCAGUUACCAUAGAAGGAGAUGUGCAAAGUUGGGGGCGAAAUCAAAAUGGUCAACUUGGUCUUGGUACCACUGAGGAUUCUCUUGUUCCACAGAAAAUUCAAGCAUUUCAGGGAGUACCUGUCAAAAUGGUUUCUGCUGGUGCUGAGCAUACAGCUGCUGUUACAGAAACAGGUGAACUCUAUGGCUGGGGCUGGGGUCGAUAUGGAAACUUAGGCUUGGGUGACAGAAAUGACCGCCUAGUUCCUCAGAAAGUUUCUACAGUUGAUUUGCAGGGAGAGAAGAUGGUUCUAGUUGCAUGUGGAUGGCGACAUACGAUAUCAGUUUCCUCUUCUGGUAGUUUAUAUACCUUUGGGUGGAGCAGAUAUGGUCAACUUGGACAUGGGGAUUUCAAUGACCAUCUCAUUCCCCAGAAGCUCAAAGCCUUGCAUGAACAUUUUAUUACUCAGAUAUCUGGUGGUUGGAGGCACACCAUGGCAGUCACAUCUGAUGGAAAACUCUAUGGAUGGGGGUGGAAUAAGUUUGGACAAGUUGGUUCUGGUGACAAUGUUGAUCAUUGCUCUCCUGUUCAAAUCAAAUUUCCUGAUGAGCAGAAAGUAGUUCAGGUUUCAUGUGGAUGGAGGCAUACACUGGCUCUUACUGAAAAGCAAAAUGCAUUUUCUUGGGGCAGAGGUACCAAUGGGCAGCUUGGGCAUGGAGAAUCCUUUGAUCGAAAUCUGCCAAAGAUUAUAGAAGCUUUGAGCAUUGAUGGAUCUUGUGGACAACAGAUAGAAUCCUCAAAUGCUGAUCCGUCAUCAGCAGGGAAAAGCUGGAUUUCGCCAUCACAAAGAUAUGCAGUUGUUCCAGAUGAAACAGUCAAAGGACAAGCAGUUGCUGGAGGCAUUGGCAGUGAUGUUAAUGUCCCUGAGACUGAAGUCAAACGGGUGCGGUUUUGAAUCUCACAUUUUUACAAAACACGAGCAAUCCAUCCUUGUCCCCUCAGUAUUGCUCACUGUGAACCAGGCAAAGUCUUAGCUUGCAUGUUCAUCUGUCUUAGUUGCCUGGUGUCUAUCUGUAUAGUGGGUAUGUGUAACUUUGUUUGCGUCACACUUCUAGUUUUGGUAUAACUGGUUUUGGGUGCGGGAGCUGCUGUGUUAACAAUAUGUGGAAGUCUUUGGCAGUGAUUUGCAAUGCUUCCUCUACUGACUUAUUGUGGGACUUGUCUAAAUAAUUGCCCCUUUGCCAGA